AUGUCUAUCAACGCUGAAAGCCGCAUCGAAGCAGUCGGAACCACGAAGCUCGUGGAGUGUAAGUACCCGGAAUUUGUCUAUAUUGACUUGGAGCUGACCGACCUGCCUUGGCUCGCAGUCUCUGAGAAGGAAGAUGGCACGGGCAAGGACAACAGCACCGUCAUUUUGAUCCCAACCCCGACCACAAACCCCAAUGACCCAUUGAACUGGCCUUUGUGGCGCAAGUCUUGGUUGUCCGCCGUCACCCUGUUCUGGUGUUUCAUGAUCAAUGCAUCGUGA